AUGGUCAUUUGGCCUUUUAGAGGCUGCUGUGCCCUACCCAUUCUUCUGGCAAUUGUGGACAUCUACAACCACUUAAUCACUCUAAUGAACGCACACCCUCAGCUCAACUUCCCAGGAGGGAAAGCAACCGUAUGGCUUAAGAAAGAAGAGACUGAGGCAGGAAUCGUGUUUUUGUGCAAGGACAAGUUUUGAGAUUGUUCCCCUGAGACAAGCUUGAAGCAACUGAGACUUAAAUAGGAUCUUGGGAGAGAUGGUAUCAGUGAAAUAUCAUCUCAGUUGGUGCUCACCGUAAACCAAGCCAUUCCAUUGGAGAGGGAGACCUACCAAUGUUGUGCCAGAGGCCGGAAGCUGGAUAUCCACCUUCAGGGCCAUUUUUAUCUGAGUCAUAGCUGA